AUGUACGUUCUUGCAAGUGAUAUAUCCCCAAUGAAUACACGCAACGCCCUGCGUUUGCGAACUGUGAGGGCGUAUGACAUCCAAGAGAGGAAGCCGUCUCCCGUACUCAAAUCCAAAGAAGUUGUCUUCCAUGAUCAGCAGGGCACUUUUUUACAUGCCCACAUACCCAAGGAAUUUGUAGAGAAAUUCCAGUCGACUUUUACAGAAGGAAAAGUGUAUGGUGUUAAGAACUUUGUGGUCAUCACUAAUUUCUACUCUUUCAAGACCAGCCCACAUAAAUUCAUGAUAAAAUUCAAUUAUCAAACUGUUGUAAAACAGUUGAACGGUACAAAUUUCCCAAUGCACAUGUACAGAUUGAUGGAUUUCAAGGCACUAAAAGCUAAUCAAUCUGUUGAUGAGAAGCAACUAUUUGAUGUAAUUGGCCGUGUGGUAGAGAUACAUGCUCCCCAAGAAAAGGUAAUCAAUGGCAAAAACGCAAGGUUGAUCGACUUUGUAAUUGAAGAUUCAGAUGGUAUUCAAUUGGGUUGUACUGUAUGGGAUGACCAUGUAAACAAAGUGGAGGUGUACUACAAUUCUGCUACUGAAGAACCACUUUUGGUUUUAAUACAGUUCUGUAGAGCUAGAACCUGCUUGAAAAGUGGUGAUAUAAAAAUCUGUUCAUCAUAUGAUGUUACACAACUCCUAUUCAAUCAACAAACCCCAGAGUUCAUGCAGUUUAGAGAAAGUUUGUGCCUUGAACAAACUCCGAUGAGGAGUAUUGUUUCACAGUCCAGUUUCAACCCUGGAAGUUCAUACACUGUAUCCCUAAAGGAGGAUUUGCAAUUAAGAACAUUGACAGAAGUGUAUGCAAAGAAGGAGUUUGGUGAGUUCUGGGUAGCUGCUCGAAUAGUUUUUAUUGACUGCGAUGGGGAGUGGUAUUAUCCAUCGUGUCGGACAAAAUCAUGCUACAAGAAGUUGGAGCCCAAAAAAGAGUUCCUAUAUUGCAAAGAAUGUGAUAGGACUUGGGGAGAUGGGAUCUUGAGGUAUAGGAUUAAGAUAAGGGUUGUAGACAUCAAAGGAAAUGCUCCCUUUGUCAUGUGGGAUAGGGAAUGCACUGAGUUGUUAGGGUUGAGUGCACUGGAUUUGAAACAGAAAAAUUCUCAGGGAAAAGAUGGUGUUCCUGCUGAGAUUCAAGCAUUGGUUGGCCUAAACCUAAUUUUCAGAAUUGCGGUGCGAAGGGAACAAUUUCUAAACCUCCUAAAUGCCUUUUCUGUGAUGAGGAUUAUCAAUGAUGUGGAAAUGUUAGAGUUACAUGCCCCACAGUUGAUGCUCGGAAGGGAUAAAGAUCUUAACUCUAAGAUGGAAUUUGAGCUUACAGAAGAUGACCUUUGGGAGGAUGAGGAUGAACUGAAUGUCAAUGAAGCCGAGAGUCCUCUACAGGCUAUUCCCAUUAAUCUCACUGGUGAUGCGUAUGAAGCAGGAGCAGUUAAAAGGUCUUUGAUGGAUGAAUUUUCAAGUACCCAAAGCUCAAAAAAAUCAAAGGAAGUUGUUGUGAAAUUAGAAAAAUUGAAGGAAUCUUGAAACUGUUUGAACAAUGUAAACAGUGUUUUUGGCCUAAGUGGUAGGCCCUAUCUGGACAAUGUUUCUAAGUAUGGUCUUGGAUGUGAGACUUUGGACACACUAACUAUUGAUGUAUUUAUUUUCUCCUUGAGAUGCUCUUUUUGCCAGGAGAACUUUCUUUGCAUUUUAUAUAUUUUGCAGGACUUCACUACUA